UUCAUACAUCACUUCCUGUUAUUCCAACUACGACUUUAGGUGAGCGUCUGUUGUUACUUGCUCGUUGGAAAGAAAGCUGCCAAUACAAUGAUUGGGGAACUGAAAAAGCGCAGGACCUUUCAGGACAUCAAAAAUGAAUGGGGGUACACUUUUGGUUUCAGGCUGAGCACCUUUAAGAAAUAUCCCGAGUUGAUUCCCCUGGUGGCCAUCAUUGGAUCUGCCCUCGCUGGGGCCACCUUUUGCAUCUUUUACUUUGCUGCCACAAAGCCGGACGUCAGGUUUAAUCGCAAACUUCCACCACGGUAUUUGGAGGUUGGCCCCACAGAGUGCACUAAGUUUUAUUGCAUUGAUCCUUCCAUUUAUCGUCCGAUUGCUGAGCUGGAAGCUAUCAAGAAUGAUCUCAAGACGGAGACACCAAAGCGUCCCUGUUAAAGAACAAGGAGCGCUUUCCAAGAAAGUCUGACUAAUCGUAUAUUGGCUUUUGUUUUGAUUGAAAACCAUUUUGAUUAGUAACAAACGAUUCUGGCAAUGUGAUUGUCGGAUUUACAAUGAAUGAUUGGUCGGUUACUUAUUAAAAAGUUCAGUAAUGUUAUUGGUUGAUAUUCGCCAUCUGUAUUUUUGGUCUUGAAUGUAGUUUGAUAGGGUAAUUUAAAGAAUACAGCAUGAUUUAUUAGGUAAGAGGGUAUAGGUGAAAAUAGCUAAGAAAAAAACAACGCAUAAUUUUCGAUGGUAAAACAAUGAAUGCACAUUGUCUAUAAAUGUUGAGAUUGAGCAUUGAUUGAUUUUUUAUUUUUAUAAACACGAAUAAACUUUGUAAUCUUUAAAGCUUAAUGAAACAUUUUUUAUGAUUUUCUUUUACCCGAAUUUUGUAUUACAUGAAUGCACAGAAGAAUAAGUCUACAUACAAUAAAAGAAAAAUA